UGCUACAAGGUUCUUCGUUGCUUGGUUUUUAUACAAUUACGUUUGGAAAAAAACUCUAUCAGCUGAGAAUACAAACUAAUGGUUAUCUGCGACAAAGUCGAGUUUAUAAUGAACGAAGAAAUUCUUUAAAUAAGAAAAAGAUUAUAAUCAAAGUUCAGAAUUUUAUACUCAAAUGCAAAUGCCUGCGUCAGAAAGUAAAGGAAGAGUAUAGAAAUUUGUAAUGUUAUAUCAAAAAAAUAACAACUCAUGUUGAAUAUUUACUUAAGUAUUUGUGCAUAUAUUAAAGAUACAAAGCACAUACGUUUUUGUAAAAGUAAAUUUUGCUUUAACAACACAUACAUAUGUACAUACAUAAAAACGGAAACAUUAUAACGGCAUUUAGGUUUGGAACUUGUAAAAUGGAUGGUGUGAAAAAAAUUCUACUUAUUAGCGGAAAAAGAAAGUCGGGAAAAGAUUACAUUUCGAGUACAUUGCAAAAUAUCCUUGGCGACAGAUGUCAAAUAGUACACAUUUCAGAGCCUAUAAAAGAGGAAUGGGCAAAACGUCUUAAUCUGAACUUAAGUGAGUUGCUGAGCGACGGUCCGUAUAAGGAAAAGUAUCGUAAAGAUAUGAUAGAGUGGAGCGAUUCCGUGCGUAUGACGGAUUUUGGGUACUUCUGUCGAUCUGCAAUGCUCCAUGCGCAAGCCGAAUUUGUAAUUGUUAGCGACGUAAGACGAAAGACAGAUAUUAAAUACUUCCACGAAAAUUACGGUUCGCUUGUGCUUACAAUACGGAUUAAUACGAAAGACACAGUACGCGUUGAGCGAGGUUGGGUUUUCACCAAUGGUGUCGACGAUGUGCCCUCCGAAUGCGAUUUGGACGACUAUAAUCAAUGGGACGUGGUGUUGCAGAAUAAUUGUAUGUCGGACGGAGCAUCAUGCAUUGAAAUAUUAAAGGAUAAACUUAAAGUUUAAACAAAAAAUGCUAUACAAGGUGAUGUAUUAUACUUAUACAUAUGUACACCUAUAUUUUUAUAAAAGCAGAUGUAGGAAUCCAAAUAUGUAUAUCCUGUUAAAGUUUUAGAUUGGCUGCGUAUUAAGAUUGUACAUAAGUAUAUCAGAUGUUUAUUAUA